GCAUAGAUAGUAAUCGAUACAUCAGCUUAAUUCAUUGCAUCAAAUAGAAAAAUAAUCUAUGUUUUAGAUACAUCGAUGUAUAUCGAGCAUCGCUAAUAGUAUACAAAAGUAAACAAAGCUUAUGUUUGAUAACGAUUUUAAAUAAGGAUGAAUUCUGUUGCAAGAUUUUGGUUUACGUUGAUGAAGCCAGUGGUUUUUGAAUGCUGCAGAAUGCGAACUGUAGUCCCAGUGAUUCACUGCCUCGACAGACAUGUGUGUUGCUUGUCUGCUUCCAUAGUGAAACAAAAUUUUUCAAGAUUUCUUGAUGGAAAGGUAUCUCCUGUAGUGCCUUUACAUUGUGUAACAAGAUCUUACGCAAAAGGAAAAGACAGAGGGAAAGCAGAUAAAGUUAAGAAAAAAGUGGUGAUAAAUUUUAAUCAGCUGGCAGAAGUUGUUGAAGUAGAUGCUGUAAAGAAAGAUUUGCAGAGAGUGGUGGAUGUGAUGAAGAUAGAAUACGUGAAGAACCUAUCUCUGAGAUCAACAACAGGUUCCCUGGAAUCCUUGCCUGUAGAGUUCGAAGGAAAGGAACACACUUUGCAGGAGUUGGCACAGAUAGUGAGGAAAAAUCCAAAGACGAUUGUCGUGAACAUGGCGAUAUUUCCUCAAGCGAUUCCCGCUGUGUUGCAGGCGAUUCAGAAGAGCGGUCUCAAUCUGAAUCCACAGCAAGAUAAAACAACUCUGUACAUCCCUGUCCCAAAGGUUACGAGAGAGCACAGAGAGAACUUAGCAAAAAAUGCUAAGACAUUGUUUAUCAAAUGCAGAGAUUCAAUCAAAGAUGUCCAAAACAAAUACGUGAAAGCUGUGAAAAAUAACAAGACAAUAUCUGAAGAUCUUUCGUAUAGUUGUCAAGAGCAAAUUAUUGCAUUAGCUGAUCAGUACAUCCAGGCAGCUGAAAAAAUUCUAGAAGAAAAACAAGCUGAGCUUAUUGGAAAAGACUGAGACUAGAGUGUAGAUGUUUGUGUCAGGAAUUCUAAGACAG